AUGUCCGGUGGCGUCGACUCGUCGGUGACCGCCCUGCUCAUGGCACAGCAAGACUACGACCUCCGGGCCGUCUUUAUGCGGAACUGGUCCACGAUGGACGAGUUCGGCAGCUUCGUAGCGGGCAGCGGAGGCGCAGCGGGAUGCGAAUGGCAGCAAGACUGGAACGACGUGCAGAAGGUCUGCCGACACCUCGGAGGGAUACCGGUCGAGAUGAUCGACCUCUCGCGAGAGUACUGGAUCCAUGUCUUCGAGCCGGCGCUCGGCGACUGGGGGAGCGGCACCACGCCAAACCCGGACGUUGACUGCAACCGUGAGAUCAAGUUUGGCGCAUUGAUGGACCGGGUCAUUGGGCCGUCUUCUUCCAGCCAACUUUCUGCGCCUCAAAAGACCUGGCUAGCGACGGGCCAUUACGCUCAGGUGGCGUGGUCGCCUCCCGAGGCGGACGCCGAUCACAGCACUCGGCCGAUGCUGCUACGGGCAAAGGAUCGGACCAAGGACCAGUCCUACUACCUCUCAUCUGUGCGUGAGGACCGACUCGCGCACGCCCACUUCCCUCUGGCCCCCUACCUCAAGUCCGAGGUGCGGCAGCUGGCCAUCAGGCACGAGCUACCGACCGCAGCGAGAAAGGAGAGCAUGGGGAUCUGUUUCGUUGGAAACAGGAGCAGAGGUGGCGCCGGCUUCAGCACCUUUCUCAACGACUACAUCACCUCUUCCCCGGGCGACAUUGUGGACGGGGAUGGCAACAAGGUCGGACGGCACGGCGGCCUCCACACCUUUACGCUCGGGCAAGGCGCGAGGAUCUCGGGCGCGCUGCAAAAGUACUUUGUGGCGAAGAAGGACACGGCGAAGAACCAGAUUGUCGUUGUCCAGGGCAAGGACAAUCCGAUGCUGCUCUGCCACUCGCUCAACGUUCCAAGCAUGCACUGGAUCUGGGACGAGCCCCCAGAAGAGGUGGACAGACCAGAGGGAGCCAAGUUGCUCGCCCAGGUGCGCCACCGGCAGAUCGAAGUCGAGUGCACGGUCAAGCGAGCCCCCGGAAGCCAAGGCUAUGCGGUGACUUUCAGGGAUCCGGUCUUGGCGGUGGCACCAGGCCAGACGCUGGGUCUUUGGAAGGAUGACUGGUGUCUGGGCAGCGGCACGAUCGGAGACGUCAAGACGGUGUACGAGGUCGAACAAGCGCAAGCCAAGGAUGCCUAG